AUGUAUAACCACUUUAAAAAAGAGAUUAAUAAAGCAGCAAAUGAACAUAUUCCUAUAACUAAAAUCAAUAUUGACCCAGAAAAACAUUUUAAACCAAAAGUGUAUUGGAAUCCAUCUUUAUCAAAAAUAGUUGCGCAACAUCGGCUAGCCUUAAAAAUUUUUAGAAGAAAUCCAACACCUUUAAACCUUACUAAGUUACAAGAAAAAGUGGCAGAAAGCCGAAAAAUGAUUAGAGAAGCUAAAUUUAAUAAUUGGAAAAAAUUCUGCAAUAGUUUUGAUGAAACUACAAAUACAUCUGUUUUAUGGAAUAAAAUGCGUUGGAUAAAGGGACUUAAGUCUAACAAAUUCUAUCCUACUGAAGAAAAGCUGAAAGAUCUAUUAAAUAAUCUUGCUACCGUUUCGGUACUACCUAGAAUGCCUGAAUUUUCAUAG